UACCGACUUUAGGACCAAGCGGUGCUUCCCCUUUGGCAAAGCACCAAGUAGCACAAGUGCCUAAUGGCCAAUGGGGUUGAGGAGGCGGUCCAAGAGCUCUGACCAGUCAAACACAGUCACUUUCCUUAUAAGGAAGCUCGUCUCUAUGGUAACGUGUGCUAAGUUGCAGCAGUCGUGUCAAAGUUCACUAUAUAGAGAGCUCAGUGAGCUGAUCAGAGAGAAAGCAUUCUGCCUGCCCAGCUCCUACAAAUCGCAUUCACUUCCUAACCUCCCCCUUUUUAACAUAUUUGAUCACUUUGAUUCUCAGUUCUUUUUUAUUAUCAUUUUUACGCGCAAGAAGGAGGUUCCGUAGGUUGUGAUCUUCUUUUUAUUAUUACCAUCGCUUGCUGGAGAGUUGACUCUUCAUAUCUGGCUCGACCACUAGAUUCAACGGUGCUGCUACGAGAGCGAUAGAAAGAAGAAGGACACAUUGAAGACACUGAUCUGUAUAUAUACAUAUGUAGUUGUAUAUAUAUAUGUAUAUAUAUAAAAAUACAGACAAAGAGAGAGAGAAACAGAGAUAUAUUUUUGUAUCAGUGCAAGCUUUUUCGGGACUUCAACUUAAAAAGGAUCGCUUUUUACUGUUUCUUACUGGCACCUUAAGAGUCGGUCUCUCUCUCUCUCUCUUUUUUUUUUUUUUUUUUUUUUUGUGCUCUUUAAUCUUUAACCUCUUCUUCAUCCAUCCUUUUAUUCUUCUUUCUGAUGGGCUUCCUGAAUGGCUGACAGCAAGCUUCCCCGGACCUGGCCUCUAGACGCUAGUCGAUCUUCAGCUCGACGAAAAAUCAGUUUUAUUUAAAUAUACAGAAUAAAGAAGAAGAAAGAAUUAUUUACAGCUGCUUUACUUAUUUAUUUAUUUUUUCAAUCUGAAGUACUACCGGACAAUUAAAUUACCUUCUUUUCAUUCAUAUUUGCACUGACUUUUUAAAGCAACCAAGAAAAGCAAAAAUCUUUGUGCAUCUUCAAAAAUCAUAUAUACAUAUAUAUAUAUAUAAAUAUAUAUAUAUAUAUAAAUAGAGAGGUAGCUAGUUAGAUAUAUAUAUGUAUGCAUAUAUAUAUAUUGACAGAUAUAUAAACGCUACAGAAGCAAGAACAGAAGGGGGGGAUAAAGUUUCUUAACGUUGUCUGAUAGAUAUGGCAAUGGUAGUGUGGCGAGGCACCCAGGACGAUGUGGCCGAAACGCAGGGGACCCUUUCAUCCCAAGGAGGACCACUUUCUUUACCAACGCCUCAGGUGGCCCCACCAACUCCUCAAACGCCUGUGCAAGGGGGGCCCCCGACAACAACUUCACAGUCUACGCCGAGCAGCCAGGCGGGCCAACAAAACCAAACUGUGGAGAAGCAGCAGCCGCAGCACAUCGAGUGUGUAGUAUGUGGCGACAAAUCAAGCGGUAAACAUUAUGGCCAAUUUACCUGCGAAGGCUGCAAAAGCUUUUUUAAGAGGAGUGUACGGAGGAACCUGAGUUACACGUGCCGUGCCAACAGAAACUGUCCAAUUGACCAGCACCAUCGCAAUCAGUGUCAAUAUUGCCGCCUUAAAAAAUGCCUCAAAGUUGGCAUGAGACGGGAAGUUUCUCUUUUUACUGCAGCCGUUCAAAGGGGACGUAUGCCGCCUACGCAACCACAUCACGGCCAGUUCGCCUUGACAAAUGGGGAUCCACUGAACUGCCAUUCCUACUUGUCCGGAUAUAUCUCUCUCCUUCUUCGAGCGGAGCCCUACCCAACCUCCCGUUAUGGCAGCCAGUGUAUGCAGCCUAACAACAUAAUGGGCAUAGAGAACAUUUGUGAACUGGCAGCCAGGAUGUUAUUUAGUGCAGUGGAGUGGGCACGGAAUAUCCCCUUCUUCCCAGAUCUCCAGAUAACGGACCAGGUGGCUCUCCUGAGGUUAACCUGGAGCGAGUUGUUUGUGCUCAAUGCUGCCCAGUGUUCUAUGCCACUCCAUGUAGCCCCUCUACUGGCAGCUGCUGGUCUCCAUGCAUCGCCCAUGUCAGCGGACAGAGUUGUCGCCUUCAUGGAUCACAUACGGAUCUUCCAAGAGCAAGUGGAGAAACUAAAAGCUUUGCACGUCGACUCCGCCGAAUACAGUUGUCUUAAGGCCAUCGUUCUGUUCACUACAGAUGCUUGUGGUCUCUCAGAUGUGGCCCAUGUGGAAAGUUUGCAAGAGAAGUCCCAGUGCGCGUUGGAGGAAUAUGUGAGGAGCCAAUACCCCAAUCAACCAACUCGCUUUGGAAAGCUAUUGCUUCGUCUGCCUUCACUCCGUACAGUAUCAUCGUCUGUCAUAGAGCAAUUAUUUUUCGUCCGUUUGGUAGGUAAAACCCCGAUAGAAACCCUCAUCCGAGAUAUGUUGUUAUCUGGGAGCAGUUUUAACUGGCCUUACAUGUCAAUUCAAUAAGCGUAGAAGGAGAAAAAAACAAAACAAAAAAACGAACAAGGGUCAGGGAAAGAAAGACAGGCUUAAGACUCCAAAUGUAAUAAAUCCUUUCUUUUUAGAAAGGAAAUUGCUGUUACAAUAUUAAGAAGAGAGGCAUUAAAGGACUGUGAAUUAAACAACAAUAAGAAAAGACUUUCAACGAACUUUCAAAAUGCAUUUAAGAACUUAUGUGUCGAUUUGAUCAACAUGCUACUUAUCAUUUUUGUAAAAAGGAAAUUUUAGUUUGUUUUUUUUUUGUUGUUUUUUUUUUUUUUUUUUUGCUAAACAUUAAGGAAAACAAUAUAAAGUGCAUUAAAAGGAGAAUUUGGAGAAAAUAAGGAGAAAAGAAAAAAGUAAGUUUUCUUUUCCAAAUUAUUAUUAAAUUGUCCUGUGUCUAUGUAUCUAUAGUUUUUGUAUUUUUUUAUUCUGGUUCCAAACCGGCUAAUUAUGUGGUUCUGUAGUAUACAGUUUUUUUUUUUGUUUGUUUUUUUAACCAUAGCUUCUUAUCAAACAGCAUAAGAACUGUGUAUCGUAAAUAUGUUCUGCAAGAAUUAAAAUUGAUUCCACUGAAAUGGAAAAAUGAAUUUUAUACAAUAUUAAUGCUGGAAAUGCACUUAAUGUACCCAUCUUUUAUUCUUUUUGGGGAGCAAGAUAACUUUUCCAAGUAAAUGUUGAAUCUUAACCCACUGCUGCAACAAGCUAUAAAUCUUUGGCUUGAACGUACUAAUAUGAGCACAUGGGGGUUCUCUGCUAAUAUUUCUGUGAAGUGUCCAAGACACACUAAGACAUGAAUGAAGACGAAUUUCUGUUUCUUGUUAAAUGAAUGAAAUCCUUCAAUUGGACUAUUUUAAACCUGUAUAUUUGCAAAGCAUUCGUAUUAAGCUGUUGUCCGUUUUGCCCUAUUAAUUUACAUAUUUACAUUGGAUUCAGCAUGAAAAGACACUGUUGGCACUUAUAGUUAACAUGUGGAGGAUUAUUAGGAUUUUAAUAUUAUUAUUAUUUUCUUUUUAUAAAAGCCAGAGCUUUCAAAACGUGCUUCAUUAUGUAUCUUGUACAAGUUUAAAUAAUUGAAAUGUUUUUGUUGAGUCAUUGUGUGUAAAAUUCCAAGACAACAAGAUGAAAGUAUGUGGGAAUUAAAACAUUAAUUGAUAUAUGAAACUCA